UCCGUCCUUUGAUGGCGUGUGCAGUCUGGUGAGGGUGUGAGUUCGAGUAGGCUUACGGCGUCUCCUUAAAACGACUUUUAUCGCAUCUAUUUGCCAAGAUGGUGACCAACAAGUUUUCAAAAAAGAAGAGUAAACGACUUUCAUGCAAUAUGAAGUACAAGAUAGCAAAAAAAGUUAAAGAGCAUGCAAGAAAGUUGAAAAAAGAGGCCAAAAAGAAUCCCAAGAAGGGAAAGAAAAAGAAGGAUCCAGGAGUGCCCAAUUUAGCACCAUUUAAGGAGAAGGUAAUUGAGGAAGCACAAGCUGAAAAGCAACGCAUCCAGCAACUGCGUGAGAAAAAGCGAGAGGAGUUCAAAGCGCAAAGAAGGGCCAAGGAUGGGUCAUCCACCUCAAAUUCCCUUAAUGACCUGGUUUCAGCAGUGCAAACAAAAAAUGAGGAAUAUGAAAGUAUGGCUCAAGCUAACAGUUCGACUGAUCCAUCUGCAAAGGCAUUUUACAAGGAAUUCAGAAAGGUGGUGGAAUCCGCGGACGUGGUGAUCGAGGUGCUGGACGCGCGUGACCCGCUUGGCACGCGCAGCAAGGAGGUGGAGCAGACGGUGCUGGCAGCUGGCAGCUCCAAGCGGCUGGUGCUGCUGCUCAACAAGGCGGACCUGGUGCCCCGCGAGAACCUGGCCGCCUGGGUCAAGUACCUGCGCGGCGAGUUCCCGACGGUGGCGUUUCAAGGCCAGCACGCAGCAGCAAAGUCGCAACCUGGGCCAGAGCGCGCUGGACGUGCUAGCUGCCCGGAGCCGCUGCUGCAGUCGCAGCGCUGCCUCGGCGCCGCCACGCUCAUGAAGCUGCUCGGCAACUACUGCCGCAACCGCGGCAUCAGCACCAGCAUCGCCGUCGGCGUGGUCGGCCUGCCCAACGUCGGCAAGAGCCAGCGUCAUCCAACAGAUUGGAACACCGGUCGUAUCAAGUACUACACGCACCCGCCGGCGGCGGCGGCGGCGGUCGGCGACGCGACCAUCGUGACCCAGAUGGCGGCCGAGUUCGACCUGGACGCGCUGGCGGCCGAGGCGGACGCCGAGAUGGAGGCGAUGGAGGCGCCGCGCGCCUCGCAGGCGGUGCCGCUGGCCGCGUCCGCCGCCGAGACGCAAGAGACCGAGGAGAUGGAGACCGGAGAUCGGCGGCCGGCCGACGCCGGGGGACGGCUCCAGGUCGAGUUUACCGCCAAGAAGAAGACAAAGGGGGAGAAGGUCAGUGAGUUGCAGCAGGAGGAACAGCGAGUCAUGACCAAGAAAGGCCUACAAGGCUAUGAUGAAGAAGCGGAAGAAGACCAACGCGAGGACGGAGCGGAAGAUGGACUCGCUGGCGGACGAGCUGGACCUGCAGCUCUAAGCGCGGUCUGA